AUGGUGUCACUAAGGAGAAGGCGGCCGUUCCAGCUCAUGGUGCUGAGGCGGCUCCGGGAGCUCAAGAAGAUUGUGCCGGUGGGUGCUCGCCGCAAGGCUGACGUAGAUGUGGUUCUCCGGCAAACUGCUGAGUACAUCUGCGCGCUAGAGCUGAAGGUGGCCAUCCUCCGGAGGCUCUCUGACAUCUACGUUUUUAAGUCCCCAAGCAAGAGCGUCAAAUGGGGUGUCGCUACUGAAAGGGAAGUUCUUUCUGUCAAGUCCAUUUCUUCAGGCUUAAGCAAUGUUAGAUGCAUGCAGAAGGAACAUGCAGAAACUCCAUAG